CGGCAAUAGACGAGCGGAACCGCAGGAGUGAGUAGUGCCGAGCCCGGGACCGGUUUGACGGUCGCUCAAGAUGGCGCUGCUGAGACUGGGAACCCGUUCGUGUGUCGACAUCCACGGAGUACAGAAGAGUACCCCAAAGAAUGAAUGACAGUAAAAUUUAGACCCCCAAAGCACCCUCUCCCCACCCACGCACAAGCAGCAGAAAGCAUCAGCACCCACCACCCCCCAAAGCAUAUUCAAAGACACGUGCCUUGGUAGAUAGGAAGUUGUAUAGUUGUAAGGAACAGUUUGAAUAAUUUGUACACUUAUCCCUCGUGGCAAUGGCAGUCAACUACAGCAGCAGCAGCAGAACAGGUGGCUAUGAAGGAAAAUCCUCGGCUAAGAGAACGAAAACCCAAGACUGGCAUCCUCAUGUUGAACAUGGGUGGCCCUGAAACAUUAGAUGAUGUUCAUGAUUUCUUGCUUCGGCUUUUCAUGGAUAAGGACCUUAUCCCCCUUCCAGCCCAAAGUAAACUUGCUCCUUUCAUUGCAAAGCGCCGUACUCCAAAAAUUCGGGAACAGUACGACAGGAUUGGUGGAGGGUCUCCGAUUAAAAAGUGGACGGCCAUGCAAGGAGAUGGCAUGGUAAAACUGCUUGAUGAAAUAUCUCCAGAAACAGCACCGCACAAAUUUUACAUUGGCUUCCGAUACGUUCAUCCAUUAACGGAAGAAGCAGUCGAGGAGAUGGAGAAAGAUGGGAUUGAGCGAGCAGUGGCAUUUACACAGUAUCCUCAGUAUAGCUGUUCGACCACAGGGAGUAGUUUAAAUGCCAUUUAUCGAUAUUAUAAUAGCAAGAGCAUUGCACCGAAGAUGAAAUGGAGUACUAUAGACAGGUGGCCAACACAUCCCUUAUUAAUUCAGUGUUUUGCGGAUCAUAUACGGCAGGAACUUGAUCGAUUUCCACCGGACAAAAGGGCUGAUGUAGUUAUUUUGUUCUCUGCUCAUUCAUUGCCUAUGUCCGUAGUGAAUCGAGGGGACCCCUACCCUCAGGAAGUGGGAGCAACUGUUCAAAGAGUCAUGGAAACACUAAAUUUCAGUAACCCCUACAGGCUGGUGUGGCAGUCCAAGGUUGGCCCUAUGCCAUGGCUUGGCCCUUCAACAGAUGACACGAUCAAAGGGUUAUGUGAGAGAGGAAAGAAAAAUUUACUGCUGGUCCCCAUAGCCUUUACUAGCGAUCAUAUUGAAACACUCCAUGAACUUGAUAUAGAAUACGCACAACUUUUAGCCAAUGAGUGCGGCGUGGAGAAUAUUAGGCGAGCUGAAUCACUAAAUGGAAAUCAGCUCUUCAUUAAGGCUCUGGCAGAUCUGGUAAAUACUCAUUUAAAAUCAGCAGAAACUUCUUCCAAGCAGUUGAGUCUACGGUGUCCACUUUGUGUUAAUCCAGUGUGUAGAGAAACCAAGGCAUUUUUUGCCCAUCAGAAACUGUGAAUUGCUACUCAUCUUCAUUGUUCUGUCCUUGGAGGCUUGCAACUAAAUGGACGCUAUGAUUUUUAUGUACUUAGUACAAAUAGGUUGGUUUCAUUUUUGAAGUUUUAUCCUUUUGUACUUCUGCUGGAAACAACUGCUCAUUACUGCAAUUAUAUGACCAUGUAGUGUUUGUCUCAAGCCAUGGUAUGUAGAUAAAAGAUGCUGAAUUUAUCAGCCCUACACUUUUUUUCCACUUCGAUUGUAUUGAGCAGAGGAAAAAAAGGAGGAACAGUUGAAUGUGAGUUUCAAAAGUUUAUUUUCUUCUGUACUAUUAAGCAAAUUUUUGCACACAGUUCAUUUUAGUAAAGAUUUGUUUAAUGAAUCCAUGUAGUUAUGAGCAAAGUUGUUUAACAUUCACGUGCUUAAUUUUUCAUACCUCAUGUACUUGUUACACUCUGCUUAAACUUACUCAUUUAAAGCUACUUCAUUUAAGCUCCCUAUCAACAAUUAAACCUUUUAACAUAAGCAACCUACCAUUCAAAAUCUACAUGCUAAAGUGAACAGAUUUCAAUGUAUGAAUAGAUGGUAAAGUAACUUUUGCGUAUAGAUCAGCUUUGUUUAACAUUUAACCAGAUAUGGGGGUGUGGCCAAUUUAACAUGUUUGGAUAUCAAAGCCAAACUUCUGAAAUCUUUUGUACAUUAUUGUGUGAAUGGAGCAAACAUAUUUGUCUAAUGACACAUAAUCUAAAAGAUGAUGGCCAAGCUUACCCAUUUGGAGGCUGCAUGUCUAGGAAUUGACAUGCAGCCUACAAAUAUAGAUCAGCUUUGGCUUCAUACCAUAAUCUUGUGAAGACUGUUUGACUUGUCCACCUGGUCUCCAUUGGCUCCAUUUUCUUUCUUAUUAUUAUUACUGCCUUUUUCCCUCUCCUUUGCUGUCCUCCUUGUUACAUCACUACCUAUGAAAAUCCUGUUCCAAGAAAAAGCAAGAUUCAAUGUUAAUAUAUGUUGAUUCUUUUUCUAUACUGGAUCAUCUCUUUAGAGUGAGAAUUUCUUUUUCACUACAAUAUUCUCACUACAGGUAUUAUUGUGUGUGUUGAAACCUGUGAUGAGAAAUGUGGAAAAUGAGCAAAAAUGACCUGACAGCUCAGUCUGUCCUGUGAAGCACAUCCACUGCAGUUGGUGCAUGUUGAAAUUUGUGUUUUAUCUUCAUCAUGACAUGUAACAGGAGCAAUAGACUGCUGCAGGAUAUAGUAAAGAUGAUUAGGGCAACAUUCAUACUGGAGAAAAGAUAUUACUGGGACUAAUAUUGAGCAUAACUUAGGAAAAAUACUUCAUGCUCUAGACCUACCUCAUCUUUUCCCCCUAUGAAACGACUCAUGAUGCAUGUCAUUCAGAUAAUGUGGGUAUGAAAAUGUUGUUGGGUUACACAGUGAGGUUGUACUAUAUAUUAUCCUUUAAUAAUAUGUGGUUCAUUAAUUUAUGAUGCUUAUAUGUUGUUUUAAUUGGCAGUGAUCUACCGGAGUUGUUUAUUUCAUUCACCAGUGGUAGAUGCUGUAUUUCCAUUGGUAGUAACUGUACCAGUUUUGACCAUAAGACUUGGGAGCAGAACUAGGCUAUUUAGCCCACCAAGUUUGCUCGCCAUUUCAUCAUGGCUGAUUUAUUUUUCCUCUCAACCCCAUUCUCCCCAUCGCCUUCAUUACCUUGACUAAUUGAGAACCUAUCAACCUUCUAUUUAAAUAUACCUAAUAAUUUGGCCUCCACAGCCACCACCCUCUGGCUAAAGAAAUUCCUACCCAUUUCUGUUCUAAAGCUGUGCCUUCUGGUCCCAACAGUAACAACAACUUGCUCUUGCUUUGCCUAAUAGUUAAUGCGGAUCUACAAUAGUAGGCUAGAAUGGCAAACCAUCACUGAUCUGUUGACUUGUAUAAGCAGAGUUUAUAGGUAUUGAGCAAAGAACUCUUGAAUUCAAUCUUUAAGAAGAACUGUGCAGAAAAAAGGUUCACCAUUUGGCCUUUUAGCAGAUUCAGGCUGGAUGCAAGCUCUGCAAUUUUUCCCAACCCCUGCUUAUGCGCUCUUAUAAUCUGAUAAUCUUGCAUUUUCCAUUUCAAAUAUUUAUCCAAAACCUUCGAUUCUGCCUCAGCUCACCCCUUCAAGCAAUGCAUUUCAGAUUAUCAUAGCUCACCACAUUUAAGAAUAAUUCUUUCCCAGUUUGUCUACAGUUAUUUUAUCCAAUAGUCUUACAUCUGUGUCUUCUCACUACUGACUUAGUAAACAGUUUUGCCUUAUUUGCUUUACCAUUUGUUUGGAAAAGUAUGUCUUGAUAGAUUAAUUCACCCAAUGCUGAAGUUGUUGUCUGGCUGUUACACCAGCCAAGAGAAUAGUAUAGGGGAUGGUAGGUAGUGUAGCUGUUAGCACAUUACUUUAGAGCGGCAAGCAAUCACUGAUUGGGGUUCAGUUCCUGCCACUGCCUGUAAGGAGUUUGAAAGUUCUCCCUGUGACCGCAUGGUUUCAGCUGGGUGCUCCGGUCUUCUCCCAGUAAAUCCUCUGGGUUAGGUGCAGUGCGUUGGCAUGCUAUGUUGGUGCCAGAAGCAAGACUUGCAGGCUGGCCCCCAGCAUUAUCCUUACUAAUUUGAUUUGACGCACAAAGCACAUUUUGCCAAAGGUUUUGAUGUACAUGUGAUAAAUAAAGCUAAUCUAUUUAAGUAGUCAUAUUUUAGUGUGUGUGUGUAUAUGUAUAUAUAUAUAUCACAGAGGUUAGCAUGGUAGUUAUUACUAUUAGUGUUGUAUAUAUUUGUAAUGCACUACUGUUACUGCUGCAGAAAGCUAUCUUUCAUGGCAUUUGUACCCUAGAUAUAUAUACCUAGGAAAAUAAAACUUAUAACAAAAUCAUUCAGCAUAUUUAUUUCUAACCUCCCCUUAACCUUUGCAAGGACAAAAAUCCCAGCUUCUCUGACCACUAUACAAAUUGAAAUGCUAUACUGAUCCCUGGAACCAUUUCAGUGUUUUUGAAUCCUUUCCAAGACUAUGACAUUUUCCUAAACCCUAUUGUGUCUAUCAUUGGACACAGUGCUCCAUCUGUAGUCUAAUCAGCAAUUGUAAUGAUUUAGUAUAACCUACUUGUGUGUAUGCUCUCUGCCUCUGUUUUUUAAGACCAAUGUCUGAUUUGCUUCAGCAGCCUGAAUGUUUCAACUUUUAUUUUUUUAACUAAGAUUUUGUACAUAUAAACUCUAAUGUCUUUGUUUUUGCAACCCCCUUAAAUUUAAUAGUAAAUUUUAGAAUUUUGCUCUAUUAUUAGGAUAUUACUGGACUACAAGUAAAAGAUUAAAAAUGAAAGCUGAACUUUAUUUGUCACAUGUACAUCGAAACAUACAGUAAAAUGCAUCGUUUGUGUAAACAACCAUUGGUCUUGCGAUGUACUGGGGGCAGCCCACGUGUCGUCUUGCUUCUGGCACCAAUAUAGUAUGCCCACAAGUUACUAAUCCUAACCCAUAUGUCUUUUUUUAGAAAUGUGGGAGAAUUCUAAAACACUUGGAGGAAACCCACAUGGCCACAGGAAGAGCGUACAAACUCCUUACAGACAGUGGUGGGAAUUGAACCCAGAUCCUCCAAUUGCUGGUGCUGUAGUUAAGCCCAAUGUUAUCUUGUCAGUUAUAUAUUUUAAUAUAAUUGUUUUUUCACUCCAUUCUCUCCCUUUGGCUGGUGUAAAGUCCAUAUCACUAUUUCAGCAAAAGUGUAAGGCAUAGGAUUUACAAGUCUAUCAUAAAGUACCUUUACGAACAAUGUUUGCAAGUGUAUUGUUACGGAUUCAGGCAACAAUAAAUAUAUGAGUUAGGCAAGGGUUUUUAUAACAAAUAACAUGUUUAUUAAACACUGAAAACAAAUCCCCCCACCCCAAAAGUAAACAAAUCACUAACAUUACCGGAAAUCAGCUGCUGUGCGGCAGCUUAAACAGUUCUUAAAGAGAUGUUGCAAAAACAGUUCUUUAAAGUAGUAUUGGCAAAAGUUCAAAAUGCUCACAGUCCACUUAAGGGAGAGACUUUUUAAGGCGAUUUAAAUUCUCUUUCAUGUCAUGUUGCUUCGGUUCCCAAAUCGAACUUUUCCCACGUAGAAUUUACGAAACGAAACGGCUUAAAGGCACUGACCUUUCCUUUACCACACUGUCCUCAAUCCUUUCUGCUAUUUCACAGGGAUUAACACGAGAACAGUCAACGAAUUCCUUCCGAAUAAGGAUCAAACAAGGUCAAACCCGUUUCACCGUCGAAAUCGAUUCUCCUCGAUCUUUAACUUCCGAACUCCGAUCUUCACUCUCCACUGAUUCUCAACUAACAGUAUUGUAAAGAAACUGCUGGCAAUGACCUUUUAAACUUUAGGCAUUAAAUAAAACUUAAUCUUCCAACUAAACUGCAUCAUCACAUUAAAUCACACAGUGGCAUGAAGUCAACAUGGCAAAUCUAGCCACGAACUGCCCCUCCUCACAGGGAGGGGUCCUCCUUUUAUACCCUGAAAAUAAAUAAAUAAAUAAAUAAAUAAAAUGAAAAUAGAAACAAAAAACCUGUCACAUGACCUCUACUGGCGGAAAAAUGACGUCACUCCACCAUCACAAGACCAUUACCUCAAGUCCAGUAUAGCUUCAACCCCAGUCAUGUGACAAGGAUACCACUGUCACGUGUCACGAGUACGUAACAGUAUAUAAAGGUGUGUGUAACAUAUAUGUUACACACUAAUUGCCUUGUUGUAAUUAAUUCAUUUAUUUUUUAAAAGUCAUUUCUGUCAAGAAUGGGAAUGUCAGUUUUUUUUAUAACCAGCAUAUGUCUUCCGUAACAUUUUCUUAAAGGGUAUGUGUUCUUCCUUGAACUAAUUCCUCAUUUUUCCAAAGAUUUGCAGAGCAUUUACUGCCAAUCACAUGUCAAAUUUUCCAAUUUUAACAGAGAAAAAAAAGUCUAGGUGGGAUUUUUGAUCCAGGUUUCCUGCUGUAAUAUUAACAAGCUUGCUCAUGUGCCCCUUGCUGUUUCUAUAGAAUCUGAAUUGUCCUCUUUAGGCAAAUUACAAAUCAUUAGAUUACUGAAUAUUUUUUAAGCAUUCAGCAUUAAAACACUGAAAAGAUGCAUGAAAAUGCUAGGCAAUUAAAGUUGCCUCACAGGUAGACAGGAUAGUUAAGAAAUGGAGUGUUAGCUUUCAUAAGUUGAGGGAUAGAGUUUAAGAGUUGUGGGGUAAUGAUGCAGCUCUAUAAAACUCUGGUUAGGCCACACUUGGAGUACUGAGUCCCAUUCUGGUCUCCUCACUAUAGGAAGGAUGUGGAAGCAUUGGAAAGGAUACAGAGGAGAUUUACCAGGAUGCUGCCUGGUUUAGAAAGUAUGCAGUAUGAGAUUAAGGGAGCUAGGGCUUUACUCUCUGGAGAGGAGGAGGAUGAGAGGUGAUCUGAUAGAGGCAUACAGGAUAUUAAGAGGAAUAGAUAGAGUGGACUGCCAAUGCCUUUCCCCAGAGCACCACUGCUCAGUACAAGAGGAAUACAAGGUAAGGGGUAGAAUGUUCCAAGGGGAUAUUAGAGUUUUUACUCAGAAUGGUUGGUGUGUGGAAUGCUCUGCCUGAGUCAAUGGUGGGGGCAGAUACACUAGUGAAAUUUAAGAGACUACUAGACAAGUAUAUGGAGGAAUUUAAGGUGGAAGGUUAUAUGGGAGGCAGGGUUUAAGGGUCGGCACAGCAUUGUGGGCCGAAGGGCCUGCACUGUGCUGUAUUGUUCUAUGUAAUUAAUACUUUCAGAUACUGUACACAGAAGUACUAGAUACCUCCCGCCAAGCUAAUUGGAAUGGGAGCUUCCCAGUAACCAUCACUGCCCACUAACAUAUACUUUCACCAAUUCAUUACAGUAUGAAAUUGUUUAUCAGUGUUUUUAAUCAACCCAUAUUAAAAACUAUAUAAACUAUAUAUCAAACUAUAUAAAGUCGAGAGUAACACAAAAUGCUGCAGGACCUCAGCAGGUCAAGCAGCAUCAAUGGAAAGAAAUAAACAGUGGAUAUUUCAAAGUUCAAAUUAAAUUUAUUAUCAGACUACGUAUGUUACCAUAUACAACCCUGAGAUUCAUUUUUUGUGGGCAUACUCAAUAAAAUGUAGUUGAUCUUUCAUUGAUCCUACUAUAGUUACUAUUCUAUAGAUUUGCUGUGUUUACCCACAGGAAAAAGAAUCUCAGGUUGUAUAUCGUGACAUAUAUGCACUUUUAUAAUAAAACUUACUUUGAACUUUGAUUUUGUUACAGUUAUUAAAGCUCAAUGAAAGGUUGGCCAACUUGGGAACUCAAUGAGAGUACAGAAGACAACAAACUGUGCAAAUACAAAAAAAGGAAAUAAUAAUAAGCAAUAAGUAUCAAGAAUAUGAAAUGAAUGAAAAAAUCCCUUAGUUAGGGAACAUUUCAAUGAUGAGGUUCAAGCCUCUGAUGGUUGAGGAGUAAUAACUGUUCCUGAAGCUGGUGGUGAGAGUCUUGAGGCUCCUGUGUUUUUUUUUCCUGAUGGCAGCAGUGACAAGAGAGCAUGACCUGUAUGGUGGGGGAUCCUUGAUAGAUGUUUCUGGCCAAGGCUGUUCAUCAGGACUGAGAGGAAAGGGGGGAAGAAGCCAAAAUUUCCCUUCCAGUUCUGAUUUAGGGACUCAGCCUGAAAUGUCCACUCUUUACUCAUUUCCAUAGAUGCUGACUGACCUGCUGAGUUCCUCCAGCAUUUUCUGUGUGUCACUCUGGAUUUUGAGCAUCUAAGAAUCUCUUUUGUUCAUAACUAUAUGAAGGCUGCAGUUAACUGGUUUUGAUGCAUUAUAAAUAAAACAUGGGAUAUAGGAAACUUCAAUUACACGCUCAAAUAACAUGAGCUGGGAGACGGAAGAACUAGUACAUUGUACCGUUGGCCAAAAAAGCAGUUACAGUUUUGUGAAAUGUAACAUUAACUGCCAGUUGUUCAAUCUGAAAUGGAUAAUGAAUUUUAUAGUCAUGCUUAUGCCUUAAUUAUUCUUCUUGUGAUGGUGUGGGUUUCCUCCGGGUGCUCUGGUUUCCUCCCAAAGACAUACUGGUUGGUAGGUUAAUUGGUCACUGUAAAUUGUCCCGUGAUCAGGGUAGGAUUAAAUCAGGGAGUUGCUGUGUGGCAUGGCUCGAAGGGCCAGAUGUGCCUGUUCCACACUGUAUUUCAAUAAAAUAAGUAAAAGUUUGGUACUUCUUGAUCUUUAAAAUAUUAUAGACAAUAGGUGCAGGAGUAGGCCAUUCAGCCCUUCUAGCCAGCACUGCCAUUCACUGUGAUCAUACACAAUCAGUACCCUGUUCCUGCUCUCUCCCCUUAUCCCUUGACCCUGCUAUCUAUAAGAGCUCUAUCUAACUCGCUCUUGAAUGCAUCCAGAGACUUUGCCUCCACUGCCUUCUGGGGCAGAGCAUUCCACAUAUCCACCACUCUCUGGCUGAAAAAGUUUUUCUGCAUCUCAGUUCUAACUGGCCUACCCCUUAUUCUUAAACUGUGGCCUCUAGUUCUGGACUCACCCAUCAGUGGGAACAUGCUUCCUGCCUCCAGCGUGUCCAAUCCCUUAAUAAUCUUAUAUGUCUCAAUCAGAUUCCCUCUCAUCCUUCUAAAUUCCAGUGUAUACAAGCCCAGUCACUCCAAUCUUUCAACAUAUGACAGUCCCGCCAUUCCGGGAAUUAACCUUGUGAACUUACGCUGCACUCCCUCAAUAGCAUUAAUAUGGAAUUAACAUAUCAAAGCUUUUGUAUUCUCUUGCCAUGAUUUACUCAAUUAACCUAAAAUUAUAAUGUAGUGAAAUGUGGAAUUUCAAACUGAAUAUUGAAUUAAUUGUGUUUGGUGGGCGGGGGGUGGGGGGGGGGUUUGGGAGAAAGAAGUUAUUACCUGCAGUUUUAACGGCAAGUGAUUGAAGAAUGAAAACUUGUAAUAGAUGUUUUAUCAGAAACCUUACUCAGCAUACUUUUCUGUUGCAUAUAUAACAAUGUUGUAAGCUGUCACUAUUGAUACCAUUUUUUGUCUGAGUGUAUGGGGAAAGAGUAUAACCAAAUAAUAAAAGUAUCUUGUGCUAUCAAUAAAGCAGUACACAGUA